CAAAGUGCCCAUCUGAAUGCAACCUUUGGGAUGUGAUCUGCUUUCAUUUGAAGCAUGUGGCCAUGCUGCUGCUUCCUCUGUCUCAUUUCAGAGAAGACCUCUUCAUAUCAGCUUUGGUAUCUAGAACCAUAUAAUAGGAUGGAUUUGAUAUACACUGGGUUGAAACCUUUUGACCCUUUAUAAGCAGAAGCAGUUAACAGAGUGUUUUAAGAGGAUCUAAUUUUGCUUCCCUUUUUCACACCUUUUUUAACAUGUUUUAUUUUUGAAUACCUCACUGAUAAUGAGUUAAUGAUUAUAAUUACUGAGAAGACUUGCAGUCUGAUUAGCAAAGUUUUGAGAAAAUUAAGUUUUGUUAGCAGGAAACCCACCUGUCAGAAUAACGGAACAUUGGGUUCUCAGAAAAUACGCUCUGACCUUUUUAACAAACCACAAACAGGUGACCUUGGUAUCAGCAAGAGCUUGUGUCUUUCCCCGGUGCACGCAAUGGAAAAAUAACAUUUAUAUAUAAAUGUUGAGUGUGUACUGCAAAAAAGACAAGUUUAAAAUAAAUAUAUCUAAAAAGUACUUAAAAGUAAGAUAUUGUAUCCUACUGUUAUUGUGAAGAGUGAAAGUUAGCUGUGGGUGUUUGUGGGUUGGUUUGCCGUGGGCCCAAAAUAACCACAUUUCGCAAGUCUUACCUGUGAGAAACACACGUUUAUUUUUCAUCCUGUUUUUGACAGAGUUUAAAUGUCAGUGUAGUUCACAUGCAAAAGCAGCAACUGCUCAAUAUGUAUCAGCUGACUAUUGGAAAAAAGACACAUCAUAUUUGAGAUAUGGCUGCAGGGAAGUAAAUGGUAAACCAUUAACUUAUACAGGGGUUAAAAACUGUAGCAUCAUCUGUGAAGUGGCCAGUAUCCAACUGUGUUAGGACCGUGCUUUCGAUAGAGUUUUUUUUCUAUUUAAAUCAGCUAUUAUGGAAACAGGUGCAUAACAAGUACUGCCAUUAAAAUGUGCGCCUAUUUAUUAGUCGAAGGAAAAAAACAAGAGGAAACGCUGUUCACCACAAAAACAGAGUUUUUUUUCUUCAGGAGUGGGGGUGGAUUCAAACCAAGAAGACUUGAUUUGUGAUACAUUUCUUAGUACUGACCUUCAAGGAGACGUUAUCUUCUAUUUUUUCUGUUUUACAGGGGGAGUUUUUACUAUGAUGAUCUUUCUUAAGGCAUCAAAAGGAAUGAAACCAGCACUUUGAAGUAGAUCCUAAGGAGCUUCAUCAACAGAAUGAGAAGAAGGAGUAGGCAGUGAGUCACACCCUGAAGCAAGAACAAUCCAUCAAAUCCCCACAUCUCCGAGUCAUUGAUAACCAACCAUCCAGGUGGUUUGCGAUCUCCCAGAAAAGAAGAGGGAUUAUGCCAUAAAUGGAGAGAAACAAGAAAACCCCUCUUUCUCUUCUGUUUGUUCUUCUUGCUCUGCCUCAUGUCUCUCUCGAUUGUCCCAGCCAUCCAAUUGUAAAUGAUAAAAAUCUCAUCUGCUACAACGACUACAACCAUAACAUCAGUUGUGUGUGGAACACCACAUAUGUGUCUGAACAUGCAGGCACUGUGUGCACAAUAAAUGCCGAAAGGAAAGAAUACAGGGGUUCCUGUAAACUGGAGCCUGUUGACGUCUCCAGACCAACGCUACAGAAGUGCUCUGUGAUCUUCACAACAAAGUGGAGGUUUCAAACAUUCCACAACUUGAACAUUACUCUGGACUGUAAACCUGGGAAGCAACGUUUCAGCUUUAUGUACAAGCCUGCUUGUCAUAUAAAGCUGAAUCCUGGGCCAAAACCAACUAUCAACUUUACCACCGUUUCCUGGUUCCCUCAAGUUUCCAAGCCUGAGGUAUUCACGUCAUCACUUUACAAGUACCAACUGCAGUGGAAACAAGAGGAUCAGUCAUGGACCGAUCCCUCUGUGCAGAAAGAAGAAGAGCAGUGUAAGUGGGAUUGCAAAGCGGAGCUGGAUCCAAAUCAGCUGAUACAAGACGAGCGGUACGAGGCACGCAUUCGAGUGAAGGUGGUGGAGGAAAGUGUAUACUGGUCAACCUGGAGUGAUUGGAGCCCCACUGCAUCAUGGGUAUCGCCAAUUGGAAAACCGCCACCAUCAGACUUUGCCGGGGGUCCUUUUAGGAUCGUUGCCUGCAUGCUGGUGGUUGGCUUGUGUUUUUUUAUUUGCUUACUUAUCAGGACUGACAAAACCACCUGGAUUUACAUAGGAAAGAGAAUCAGAGGUCCGCCCAUACCAGAUCCAAGAUACUCCUUCCUGCAGGAUGUAAAUAAUUGGUUGAGUCCUCACUUCACCAGCGAAUCCUUUUCUUCCUUCUUGAAACCGGUGGAAAUCAUCUCUGUAGAAGUAACCUCCACUGUGGAUGCUAUUUCACCCAGCAGGCCAGAUACAGCACUGCUAGAGAAGAUGAGAAGCGAAAGCAGCAACGAGUCGAACAGUUCCAGCUUUUCAAACCCCAGUUACUCGCAUGUAUCUCCUCCUCCUCCUGUCUCCUCGCUCACAGCGGGGAAUCUGGCGCCCUGUGGCACUGAUUCACCCUAUGGACCAGUUGUUAAUCAAGGUGAAGGUGAAAAUGCAGAACAGGGUAAGGAUGAACUAAGAGGGAAAGAAGUGGAAAUCAUGCAGUUGCUCUCCAAAGGCAGCAACAACAGUGAGCCUAUGCCAGUAAUUUCAGACUAUGAGAAGGUUGAGAAGCCCCAGGUUGAGCGCUCUAGGCUCCAGAGUCUAGAUUCAGGCAUGUGCAGUGGCGAAGAGAUCAGCCAAGAGAGCCUGGAAGUAGAUAGCAUCAGUGUAACCGAUUGCCAUGAUGAGGGUCCUGAAGACAAGGAGGAGAGGGAGGAAGGGAAUGAAAAAGAUUUUCAAAAGCUGUUUGGAGGCAGCAGAGGUAUUUUUGACAAAGGGUCCAUUCAGGUUUGUUCUGGUUACGAGCAAGUCCAGAAGCUGCCGGCUGACAGCACCGAGCUCCCCAGCCUAGAUUCAUGCAUUAGCAGCGGGGGCAAGGAGCAGGAGAGUCAGGAGGAGAGUCUUGAGGAAGUUGAUAAGUCCACCGAAACCACUAGCUUUCUGUUUCCUCCUCCUUCCAGCCCAUUAGCAUGCUCCUUGCCCUCUGUCUCUCCUUUGCCUUUGAACUUCUUUGGCACAGAUUUGAGUCCGCAACCUCUGCCAAGUUAUAUAUUGGAAAGGAUUGCUCUAAUGUCAUCUAGCAGGUGCGUGGAGCCCUCUGGUGAUGGAUAUAUGCCGGUAAGACAGGAACAGAGCUAAAAACAGACCUAAAUCUCUUCAGUUGGCCCUAUAGAAAAUGUUGAACAAUAUACAAUCUAGUAGCCUGACUGAUCUGGUUAAGUCAGUUGUUUGUUCUCAUGAGUAUGUAACAUCGUUGUUUUUUUUAAUGCACAGGUUUCAAUUUCCAAAGAUGGGUACCUUUUAAUGAAUGUAUUUUUUUUCUACACUGGAUUUUAUAUGUAAUCACAUAUUCAGUUAUUUAUUUUUAAUAUUUUAGAAAUAAAUACAAACAAAACCAAUGACAACAUAAUAAACCAAAAGCAAAAAGCAUGAGGUUUAUAUUUAGAAUUAAUGUUUUUAUGUCCUUUGUUUUUACCAUGUAUUAUUAUUGUGUUUGGUUGUUUUUUUAUACUUCAAACAUUCAAAGAAAUGUAAAAAAAAAAUAUAUAUAUUAUAUAUCUUACUUACGUGACAGUGUGAUGUAUAGGCAAUGUCUACUUGGGUUUAGCUUAAAGGGUGAAAUAAGAGGAAUGAAUCUGAUGUCAAAAGCUAUGCUUAACUAUGAAGUGGACUUCAGAUUUGACCAUUUGGUGUUAUUUUAGACCACUUAAAGUGAACUUGCUUAAUUGUAUUUGUCCAUAAAGGCUAAUAACAGUAUUUUCUACCUCAUUAAGCAUUUGCAAGGCAUUUCUUUUUAAAUGUUUUGAAGCCCACCCUACUAUUUUGGCGUCACUGGUAAAUCCAAUUUUAGUGUCCUCUGAAACAGGGACAGAUAUUUUAAAGGACUGCUGCUUUAACCUAACCCUACUGCCUAUUUGUAUGUAAGGCAAUAUUCUGAUUGUGUUUACCACAACUUCAAAAUACUCACCUGCCAGGGCCCUCACACACCAGCUACAAUCCCAGGUUUGGGUGGUAAUGUGUCACAUGACAGAGUGUGUCACAUUUUGUUUCUUUUUUUUUCACGGCUCUGGAAGCCCUAUCUAUGUGUCCUGCAGAUGCAUAUGGCAGCUUAUUGAAAAACUACUGACUAUGAAGAUGAAGAAAUUGCUAACCAACGUAAAAUCUGUGUUACUUGAACUUAUCUAAUCAAAAAAAUAUAUAUGUUUUUUUUAAAGAUUUUAGUGGAUGAAUAACCAAAAAGUGCACCACUAUCACCACUCUUGCCAUGUCACUUGUUUUGUUGUUUUUUCUGUAUGUAAUGAAUAAAUGCUUUUUUCUAAGAAGAAAAA